AUGGACUCAUCAGUAAAAUUGAUUUCUGUUCGCCAAAUUUCUCCGCCACCAUCAGAAACUGAAAUUAUUUGGUUAUUUCAUACAUAUAGAAAUCUAUCAGAUACUGCUCAAGCUGCCGAAUGGAUUCCGUACCCGACUGAAAUAUCAUCAUCUUUGGAAAAUGCCUUUAGAAAUGGUUUUCAAGAAACGUUUAUCAAUGACACUUACCGCAUUGAUUUCAUAGAGCUGUUAGAAGUGUGCAUAGAAGAUCCAAAGUGCCGCCGGCCUAUUCGACGAUGUCCAAUGACUGUAUUUAGAGAGAUUGAGAGAAAGACAAAACUUGACCCCACUCGUUGCGAAAGAUUAUCCUUCCCAUUGAAUACGACUUUACAAUGUAGUACUGGUGUUGAUACAGCUUAUCAUGGUUCACAAUUUGUUCGUGAUUGGUUACUGAAAUUUACUAAUGGAAAACUUGAUGUGAAAUUUAAUUAUAUCUUUCCUGCUCUUAUCAACGGUUUAAAAUAUGAAGGUCGUAAGGAACCAGAAUAUAUUGUCAACGAUAUUGUACGUAUUUUGAAUUCGGCUAAAGAUGAAUCUUCUAAGAUGAAUGAAAAGAAAAGAAUGAAAAAAUUGCAAGAUUGUUGUAUAAAACUAUAUACAAAACAAUGUUAUCUCUUUCGUACUGUUAAUACUGCAUUACGUGACGAUGAUCGAACGAAGCUUGAUACACUAGGCCCCUACUGUUAUCUUGUUUAUAAUUGUAUUGGUCGUCAUAUUCAUGGUCAUCAUCUUCUGGAACUGCCUCAUCGAAACAAAUCUCAUUCGAUGACUGUAUACCGAGGUGAUAGUGUUCCACAUAAAAUGAUUGAAGAAUAUCGACAAGCAGUUGGGCGAAAAGAAGAAUAUUUCAAAUGGCUUUCAUUCGUUUCGACUUCAGCCGAUCGCAUUGUUGCCGAAUACUUUGGAUUGAAUACUUUGUACAUCAUCGAAAUUGAACGCCAUUUAUCCAUGGAUCAAUAUACUGAUUUAGACACAAAUACAUAUUUUGAGAGUGAACGAGAAAUCUUAUUAAAACCUGGAACAAGAUUUCGAGUGACCAAAGUCGAGUUGGAUGAUAUUUCAGGGCGACAGAUGGUCCAUAUAAAAAUUAUCCCAUCGUAUGUAUCAAAUCUGCGAUAA